UGUGACCAAUUUGCGGCAUUGAAGUGGCAUCGAAUACGAUCACUGGAAUUAAGGUCAUACGUCACCAUUUUCAUAUUACUGGCAUUACCGCUAGGUUCAUUUUAUGAUAUUGUUUCGUCCAAAAUAAAAUAUACAGAAGGCCUAUACCUAUUUUCAAACAAUAAAGUUCGAUCUAAACCGGAAAGCACGUGGUCGGAUGAAAAUAAAAUGUGGAUCACCCCAAGUUAUUAUACCGAAAUGGAUGCAUCGGGCAAUAGGAAUAUAGCACACAUCAUUGCAAAAAUUCGAUACUUUCUUGACAUGAAUAAAGUACUCACGUUAACGUUGUUUGUGAUGUGUGCAAGCUUUUUCGUGCUGGCUAUUGACCUUACUUCUACCACACGACCUAUUAACGGUAGUAAGAUUGCCAGUGAUAUAUUGAUAGCUCACAUUAACAUUGCAUCAAUAAUCGAAUGGCUAGCUCUCAUUUUAAUCUUUUAUCCCCGGAAAGGAUUUGUGGGUACAACAUCUGUCAGUAAUAUAAUUAAUACCGGCUCUGUAAACGGUGAAUCCUUUGCACUUUCACAAACCAAAGCUAGCAACACGCCAGGUACCGGUGUAGGAACUCCUACUUCUCCCGCCGACCCUUACAUUGAUCGAUUUGUAGAAAAAAGCGCCGUUAAUACGGAUAAGUAUGCCAUGCAUUCCACCUCCGCCACCUCAAAAAAUUCUGCUGCAAAUAUCACAGUACCCCCCGUGGCAUCUACAUCGAUAUCUGAAUCACCAAUGUCAUUAUUAAAACGAAAUAUUUCGAUAUCAAAGGAUGGAAAGAUGGUCUACAGCGAAACAAAACCUCUAGGAAAGGUUCGUGGCUCUGAAUUUGUAGCUGUCGAGAAGGCCGACCCAAGUGUGAUAUCAUACUUUAUGGAUAAAGAUGAUAUGGCAAAUUCGAUUCCACCCUUACCACAAUCAUUGGAUGUGACAAGAUCACAAUCGUCUCUGUCACAACAGAUAUCUGCAUCUUCAUUGAAUGAUACGAAUGCGACAACAUCUGUCACGGUGAUGGAACCGGAGCCAAGAAAAUCAUCACAACAAGAAAGAAUGAUGGUACUACAACGACAACAAGAAGAUUAUAAUGCAUUAAGGAUGGCUACAGCGAAAUUGCAACAACGGGGCCCAUCUGCAGAGUUGGAGCGGUCUGGUGGCUUUGCAUCAUCAACUGCAUUGGAAGAACUCUCACAACCGCAAAUAAAUUCCGAUAUAACUAAUUACAAUGCUCCAUUAAAAGAGGAAGAUGACAUACUAAAUGAUGAAACUUCUGAAGAAUUUUUUUACGCGAUGUAA